CCUGGAAACUUUGCACCAGCUAGCAGGCCUGGGCAAGCUGGACAGGCUGUGGGAGAGGCUGAAGUCCGAUUUCCCACCCAAGCAGAAGGUGGCCGAGCUGGAAAGCCGGCAGAAGACCUUAGAAAACAUCGUCUCGGUCCUGAGUCGGGAGCUGGACAGGAGAGAGGAGCCCCCUGGAGUCACUCUCGGAGAAGCCAUGGCCAGGAUCCUCUACCUGGAGGAGAAGGUGGAGCAGCAAGACUCGCUCUUGGCCCUGAAGGAUGUGAUGAUCAGCAGCUUAGCUUCCCGGAUCCACACCCUGGAGCAAUCCACGUACGAUGGCUGUUUCCUUUGGAAGGUCCCCGAGGUGGGCGUUAGGACUCGGGAGGCGCAAACCAGCAACCGGCCUGCCAUUUAUUCCCCUCCGUUCUACACCUGCCGCUACGGUUACAAACUCUGCCUCAAGCUGUUCCUGAACGGAGACGGGAUGGGAGCAGGAACUCAUCUCUCUGUCUUCCUGGUUCUGAUGAAAGGGGAAUAUGAUUUUCAGCUGAAAUGGCCUUUCCGGCAUAAGGUCACCUUCACUCUCCUGGACCAAGUCAAUAAGCAACACAUCUCCACUUCAUUUCGCCCCUUGGAGUCCUCGUCCUCAUUUCAGCGCCCCGUGAGUGAAACCAACGUGGCCAGCGGCCUCCCUGAAUUCUGCCCCUUGAACGUUCUCCAUGCCCCCAGGAAUACCUUUAUCUGCAAUGACACAUUAGUCAUUCAAGCUGUGGUAGACACAAAGACUUAGACGUAUGGUGACUUUCAUCCAACUGAACUGGAGGCCAUAUUGCCCAAAAAACUGUUAUUCAGAUAUACUGAUAUGGUGUUUUCAAAAUGGCUGCCACGAGAGACACUACUGCAUUCUUCAUGGUCUCGUCUCAAGAUAGGCACAACUGAAGAAGACUUCUGGACCCUUUUUCGCCUCUCAAGAUGGCUACCCUGAAACAAUAGGGAUUACUCUGUGAUAGCAGAAAAAAAUAAACCUAGGGUUUGAUCCAGGCAUAGUCAUGC